CGCAGGCGGCCGGACGUGCCUAAUCACAAAAAUCAACACAGCAGGCCGGUGCUAGCAGACGCCGGACGUGAGAUUGCGGCCGACUGAUUCAGACACCGGCAAAUAACCGACUCGAGAGAGUGUCGGCUGAAACGGCUCCAAUGGAAUAAUUGUGGGUCUACUGCAGAGGAAGGUGGCCAGUUUCGUCAACAUCUCCAUCAAGCAAGAUGACGGAGGACAUUCUGGCCAGCCGCCGGUCAAAAGGCGACCUCUGCUGGGUCCUCAAGUCCUGGAACCAGGACGCCGGAGAUUUCUCUCCAAAACUACUGCCAAUGUCGCUCUUAGACUGCGUCAAAAGUGAUGCCGGAGUCGUGACAGCACUCGCUCAGCUGCCGGCGGCCGAGCAGUGCCAAGCGCGGGACCAGAUCGACGCCAUAUUCACCGAGAUGCACCACAACUUCAGCGUCGGGUCGGUGCGCCGAGUCGGCUACUCGCUGGCCAAGAUAUUCAAACAGCUCUACGACAGAAUUUGUGUGGAGCGGGCUGGCAUCGAACAGGUUCGCGCCCUGCCGGCCGGCAUUCCCACUCUCUACCUGCCCACCCACCGGAGUUACGUGGACUUUCUGCUGGUCUCCUACAUCUGCUUCCACUACGGGCUCCCGCUGCCCGUCAUAGCCGCCGGAAUGGACUUCAAGUCGAUGCUGUGCGUGGGCGACAUCCUGCGCAGCUGCGGCGCCUUCUUCAUCCGCCGCCGGCUGAACGGAGACCGUCUGUACGCGGCCGUGCUGCGUGCCUACGUCCAGGCACUGGCACUCAACAGCCCGCAGCCCUCAGAGUUCUUCAUCGAGGGCACACGCAGCCGCAGCGGCAAACCGCUGCCGCCGCGCACAGGUCUGUUGUCGGCUUAUCUGGAACUGUUCCACACUGGCCGAAUACCGGAUUUACACAUCGUACCAAUAUCCAUCAGUUACGAGCGUGUUCUCGAAGAAAACCUGUAUGCCUAUGAGAUGUUGGGCAUCCCCAAACCACCAGAAUCUACUGGGCGCCUGGUGGCCGCCGUCAGCGUGCUCGCCGAGAACUACGGCGCCGUCCACGUCCGCCUGCUGGGCGUGCACUCCCUCCGCUCCGCCAGCGGUCCGGACCUCCGCAGCUGCCGGCUGGCCACCGAGGUGCUGCGGCACCAGCUGGCCGGCGCGCGGCUGCCCGCCAGCUGCCUGCUCAUGGCCGCCCUGCAGCUGGCCGGCGGCCGGCAGCAGCUGCCCGAGCUGCUACAGCUGGCGGGGUUCGUGGGAAAGCAGCUGGCGGCGGCGCUGCCCCAGCUCAGCGUGGAAGACGUGACGGUGGACGCUGCGAGGCGGCUGUUUCACGUGCACCACAGUCUGCUCAGAGUGAGCGCCGGCCGGGUGGUGGAGCUCCAGUCGCCGGCCCGACCAGCCGCCAGGGCUCGACGACCAGCUGACGGACCGCGUCUGAAGGAGUCGACUCUGGCGGCCGUGGUGUCGCGCAUUCAGCUGCAGUUCUACGUGAACCCGCUGCUGCCGCAUAUAGCGGCGGAGGCGCUCCGGGGACUCGCCCGCCAGUCAGGUCGGCCCGAGGCCCGCCGCACCCUAUUCGAGCUUAUGUCCGUCGAAUUCCCCACGCUGGAGCGGUGGGACGCCGAACCAGAGUCUCCGUCAACAGACGCUAGAUGGCAGGACGUGCAGGCUCGGCUGCUCCGACCAUUCCUGGAGGCCUACAGGGCGACCAUCGGCGCCCUCCUGGCUUCCCUGCCGUCUUCGGCGUCCCCGGCGGAGGUCCAGCUGUGGGCAGAACAGCACGUGGACGAACGCCGGCCGGCCGCCCACCUCUGCCUCUGCCGAGACGUGAUCUCCAACUGCUGCUCGGCACUGGUUCGGCUGGGCGCCGGCACACGCGCAAAUCGGUCAGGGAACGGAGGAAACGGAGGUAACGGAGGCAACGGGGGAAACGGGGGCAACGGCUCUUCUACGGUGCAGUGGCGGCGGGAGCGACUGGAGGCGGUGGCAGCCCUGCUGGACGAGGCAUGUCGGACGACAACCGCUCGGCUCUGACGGCCCAGACCAGCAGCGGCUCAUAACACUGCAGCUAAGCGGCCGUAUAGCCCCAGCACUUCAGUCAGGGACACUGCCUAACGUGGCGCGCACAUUCUUCAUUUUGUGUUUGCGAGGGGUAUAUGAUAGUUCUGCGUACAGGGACCCGCAGUUGCUUCUGUACACACUAGUAUUUCAGCGUAUUCUUUGCCUGUGACACCGUUGGAGGCGAAUUGGGAAAUGAUUGUGUGCUUAUUAAAACCACCAUCUGAA